ACUAGUAAUUGUCAAAUAGCGCUGUCACAACAAUGACCUAAAUUUCAUAUUUUUUGUUUGUAUUUAGUGAAAUAUAAAUAAAUCAGCCUAAUAGUACAAUAAAUAAACUAAAACAAUGAAUUAGUGAACAGAGAAUUCUUAUUGUUUUAUGAACAAUGCUUUAUCCCACGCGCAAUAUUUUGAGGUUAUGUCUAAGAUUAACAUUUCAACAAAACAAGAGAAACAACUUCGCCGCGGCUUCUAAUGGCCCUGAAACCAGUGAAAACAUUGAAAAUAAUAGUAAAACGAAGGAUUUUCAGACGCUCUUCGCAAAACAUAAAGACAAAAUCACUUGGAACUCGCACUUGGAAAGUGAAAAGCUACACACCGGAUACUUCAAAUACUACCAAAAAACUAUAGACGCAGCUCGAAAGAAGCAGGCGAGAGAGUAUUACGAGAAGAGCCUGCCGCCGCUGCCGGUGGCGCUGCGCUACCUCGUGGACCAGGAGCGCCUGCUGAAGGAAGAUGAGGUGGAACCUCCAACCCCGGAGAAGGCAUUCCAACUGCCCUUUGCUAGUACCACACCCAUUGAGGAUGCCGACACUGAUGACAAACCUCCAGAGAAGCCACAAAAACAAGCCACAGGUGUAGAGCAAACUGAAUUUGAUCGCUCCAGACUAAAUCAAUGGAUGACCAACUAUGAACAAUUUGAUGAUACUAAACUCGAGGAGGAUGAAGAUGAGGCGACACUAGACUAUGAAAUGAGCAAGCAGUAUGGGACGGCCGACCCCUCGUCGGGGGUGACGGGGGUGCCGUGUGGGGGCUGCGGGGCCCUGCUGCACUGCAGUGACCCCGCCAUCCCCGGCUACUUGCCCAGUGAGAUAUUGAAGAACUGCAGUCUCGAGGAGCAGAGCUCCGUGGAGUGUCAGCGCUGUCAUUUCCUCAAAGAGUACAAUAUAGCUUUGGAUGUAAAUGUGCAGCCAGAGGAAUAUGAAAAAUUACUGCAGUCUAUAAGGCAUGUGAGAUCCCUGGUGAUAUUGAUGGUAGAUCUAUUGGACUACCCAUGCUCCAUCUGGCCUGGCAUCGUGGACAUCAUUGGCACCAAGAGACCUAUCAUUGUUGUGGGCAAUAAGGUGGACCUCCUGCCAGGCGACAGCAUCGGCUACCUGAAGCGCGUGCGACAAUCGCUGGUCUCCGAACUGAAGAAGACCAAGCUGGGCGAGGCCAACAUCAAGCAUGUGGCGCUGAUCUCCGCCAAGACCGGGUACGGCGUGGAGAGCCUCGUGUCCGCCAUGUUCCAGCUGUGGCUAGCACGCGGGGACGUGCACCUCGUGGGCUGCACCAACGUGGGCAAGAGCUCGCUGUUCAACGCGCUGCUGCAGUCCGACUACUGCAAGGUGCAGGCGGCGGCGCUGGUGCGGCGCGCCACGGUGUCGCGCUGGCCCGGCACCACGCUCAACCUGCUCAAGUUCCCCAUCAACCGCCCCUCCGGCUGGAAGAUCCACGAGCGCACGCGCCGGCUCCGCGCAGACUCCAAGCUCAUGAAGAUCGAGAAUCAGAUACGAAGGGAACAGGUAGAAGGCACUAGCACGCCAGAAUUACCAACUCUCAUAGGCCACAUCGGCAGGACCUUCAGCGACCCCCGGGAUUUCAACGAAGACUACAACACUCAGGAAAAGCGUAAAAGACUAGGUUUCAAUGAGAGGGAUGAGAUGUUUGCCAAAAGCAAAUGGUUGUUCGACACCCCCGGGGUCAUCCACCCCGACCAGGUGCUGUCACUGCUCACCACGGAGGAGCUGCUCGUCACUAUUCCCAAGAAGCUGAUCCGACCGCAGACAUACUACUUGUUCCCGGGCUCCACGCUGUUCAUCGGGGGCCUGGCUCGCAUAGACUUCCUCGAAUGCGAGGAGCCGUGCAGGUUCACAAUAUACUGCUCAGACGCGCUGCCGAUCACCGUCACCAGGACUGAGGACGCCGACGAGAUCUACGACGAGUUUGUAGGAACAGAGCUGUUCGGCGCUCCCAUUGGUGGAGCAGAGCGGCUGGCCAGCUGGCCCGGGCUGCAGAGACGUGAGGAAGCGCUGGAGUUCAGCGGAGAAGGACCGAAGACUUGUUGCGGGGACGUGGUGCUGUCGUCCAUAGGCUGGGUGUCGGUGACGGCCAAGCAGGGCUCCACGUGCAAGGUGCUCGCGUGGACGCCCGAGGCCCGCGGCAUACACUUGCGGCAUCCCUCGCUGCUGCCGUUCGCGAUCAAUUUAAAAGGCAAAAGAAUACGCGACACCCCCGCCUAUAUGCUAGGAAAAGUAUUUAUAGAUGAUAACUAUGUUACAAGUAGUGAUAGUGGUAAGUAAAUGUAAUCUCUACAAUACAUAAUUAAUUAGAAUGUA